AUGUCGUUACCUGACAAUUCUACUGUGCUUAUUGUUGGCGCAGGCCCCUCUGGUCUCGCUGCUGCUCUUUCUCUCAUCCACCACGGGUGUCGUGACUUCGUCAUCGUCGACGCCAUAGUCGAAGGACAGAACGUAUCACGUGCCAUUACUAUACACUCUGCGACCGUCGAGGCUUUAGCCAGCAUCAAUGCAGUAGAUGUAUUACUAUCUCGAGCUAUCAAGGGGAAGAGCAUCAGAAUUACAUCCCGUGAUUCGCAGAUUUUUGAGGCCAAAUUCGACCCUCUCAAGAAACAUUCUGCCUACCCCUACGCACUCUUCGUCCCUCAAAAUGUGACCGAGCUUGUGCUUGUACAGAAACUGCAAAGCUUCGGUGUUCAAGUUCAGCGUCCACAUAGGGUGAUUGGAAUGAAACAGAACGAGCAGGAUCCUCACAUCACCGACGUCUCCUUUGAAGAUGGUCAAGUCAUCAAAGCUAGAUAUAUCAUUGGCGCAGAUGGCGCUCGCUCGACUAUUCGUACCGUUUCUGGAAUAGGGUUCUCUGACCCAGAAGGCCCAAACCCAAGCAAUCACCUAUUGGCUCAAAUGGUCUCUGCGGAUGUCACAUUCGAGCCCGAACCUGUUGGCCCGCUAACCAUCGAGGGUCACCUCAAUGGCACAGCUUCCACAGGCAAUUUAUUUGUGCUCACACCACUCGGCAGCCGCUUCAACGACGAGCUGACGCGAGAUGGAAAACCCAUUUCAAAGCCCAUAUUUCGUAUAGAUUGUGCUGUACCACUCAAGAAUGGAGAGCCGCCUCGCGCACCGCCGAAGGAGUACAUCCAGGACUUGAUCGACACGUAUGGUCCAGCGUGUAUAACAUCAGUUCUAUCCCUUAAUCCGACGCCUGUCAAGAUCGAUCAGCUGAUCUGGUCGACACGUUUCAGAACCCAUUCAGCCAUCGCUGACCGCACCUUCACGCGUCUUGGCGCCGCAAUUUUCCUAGUGGGUGACGCAGCCCAUAUUCAUUCACCCGCGGGCGGCCAGGGCAUGAACCUGUCUAUCAGGGAUGCAAUAUUCCUUUCAGAGGUUGUCACAAAGCAUAUUCAAGCAUCUGCAGAAAACCCCGAUGUGGGUGAUACUAUUUUGCAGGAAUUUGCGGAAGCGCGUCACGCUCGAGCGUUGGAAAUUAUCGGCUUCACAAAGAAUCUUUUGAAAUUCGCAAGCCUGACGUACAAUACAUAUGCUUGGUGGAUGCCGUUUAGUCGGGCCUCUGCGCGCGAUCUGGUGCUGAGGAUAUUGGGCAGAUUUGAUUUCAUGCAGUCGAUGGUUGCAUGGGACCUGAGUGGGCUUGGAAGACGGUAA